GAGAGAAAGAGAUUGAAACAGUAGAGGAGGAAGAAAGGAGAAAUGCCAGUCCUCCAUGGAGUUGAGGAGCAGAAUGCAACUAUUGACGAUCCAAUAUUGCCAUAUCUCCGAGAAAUCGCGAAAGCAGUUGAAGAGCUAGAUUUGCGCAAUAGUGAUGCGGGAAAACAAUUAGAUGAGCUAAUAAUCAACUGCAUCACCAAGUUCAAGAACGAUCCGCGCUACCGUGAAGACGCUCGAUUUCUUAAGAUAUGGUUUCUCUAUAUGGAUUCUUGUUCAGAUUCCGAGACUGUUUUCAGAGAAAUGGAACAGCUCAAGAUAUGUUUACAGAAUUCCUUGUUAUAUGAGAACUAUGCAUUGCUUUUGGAGGCAAAUGGGAAGCUUAUUGAUGCAUUCCGAGUUUAUCAAUUAGGCAUUUCAAGAAAUGCUAAACCUGUGGAGAGGUUAAUGAAGGCGGUGGCUCUUUUCCGUGAUCGAUUGUCUGGAAUAAUAAAUGCUUGUGCAGUUAAGAAGAUUGGUGAUGAUGAUUCAUCUGAUGGGGGGUAUAUUAACCCAUGGUCACCCUCAGUGAUUAAUGAAUUCCUAUUGAAGAGGAAGUCCAGUAUUAUAAAAUAUGAUGGUUAUCAUCAAAGUAGUAAAGUAUAUUCAGGAAGAGUGCCUUUAUCUACCUUGCAGAAGGCAUCAAGGAACAAGGUCAUUGAGAUAGGUGGAAAGAAGUACCAGAUUAAAGGUUGUGCCGGUCAGGGUGGAUUUGCUCAAGUAUUUAAAGCAUAUAUCAACAGUAAUCCUGAUGAAAUUGUGGCGCUCAAGAUUCAGAAACCUGCAUUUUCAUGGGAAUUCUAUAUGUAUAGACUGCUUGAUGAGAGGAUCCCUGAACCCGAUAGGACAACUUUUGGGUAUGCUCAUAGACUUCAUCUCUAUAGUGACUACAGCAUUUUAGUCUGUGACUACUUAGGUCAUGGAACACUGCAGGAUGCAAUAAAUUCUAAUGUGGUCAUUGGUGUAUCCAUGGAUGAAGUUUUGGUCAUUUAUUACACAAUAGAGUUGCUCUUCAUGCUAGAGACUCUACACGGUGUUGGUAUCAUUCAUGGUGAUUUUAAGCCUGAUAACUUGUUAAUUCGUUACUCUAGGGACAACCUGACAGUUUCAAUUGAUGAAUUUCGACACCGAUCUGGGCCUUGGCGUGAUCAGGGGCUUAGCCUUGUUGACUGGGGCAGGGGAAUAGAUAUGAAUCUCUUUCCUGAUGGGGUAAAGUUCUCAGGAGGUUGCAGGACAUCUGGUUUUCGUUGUGUUGAAAUGCAAGAGAAUAAGCCAUGGACAUUUCAGGUAGACACUUAUGGACUAUGUGUUAUGGUUCAUAUGAUGCUGCACGGUUCAUACAUGGAAAUAGAAAAAAAGGAAUCUCCAGGUGGAGGUUACUUCUACCAACCGAAAAUACCUUUUAAACGCUACUGGCUUCCAUUGUGGAAGGAGAUGUUCAAGAAGCUUCUUAACAUGAAUCCAGAUGAAGAUGAGAAGAUAGUGUUGAAAUCGUUUAGGGAAUCAUUGCAGGAUUACAUUUGCUCGGAUUCUAAGCGCAUUAGUAAUUUGAAACAGUCACUGUUGAAACAGAGGAAUGCUGUGUGUUCUGGCUAAUAGUAAUCCUCCAUGGAUGAGGUCUUAUUAUUACUAUAGAGGGUGUUUAUGAAAUUAGUCUUGGGCUGUUUUCAGUAUUUUAUUGGUUUUUUGUAUGUGUUUAUUUAUGCAAGUUAAUCUUAAAUACAGGUUGGUUGUUGUGACAUGUAUAUAGUCUUAAAUUGCAAUGGUUUAUUGAUGAGAACUACUAGCUAAUUAAUAGUGUUUAUAUUGUUCUGGGAAUGAAUCAAAAUUCUUUUAGUCAUGGCUGAUAACAAUUUACAGUGUUGAAUUAUUAAAAUAACACCCUUU